UUACGACCUAGACUCUCUACAUCAUGAACAAAUCAAGCACCCUAUAUACCGUACGUCAGUGUUCUGAGUGUCCAGGGGACGCAGAGUACCAUUGUGAACCAUGUCCAUGUUAUCUUUGCCUCCAAUGUAAAGAGAAGCAUGUAACAGAUCUCAAGACAAUAGACCAUGAGUUGGUGAUAUAUCCUGAACAAUUUAAUUGCAUUCCAACGAACGAAUUGUGUAUAAGACAUCCCAGCUACGUAUAUAGUAUGUAUUGUGAACCUUGUGAAGUUCCUGUCUGCUAUCUGUGUUCAGAGCAUAGAACACACCGUUGGAUGGAUCUUCAAAGAGCUUAUAAAACAAAGCAACAACAGCACAGAAGAACCAUUCAAACCAUCAGAAGUGAGGCUCUUUUUUACAGACCUGUUCUCCUGGCAGGAAUCAAAGCUGAUGUCAAGGCAUGUCAAACAGAAUUAUAUCAAUCAGUGAUAUUAACAAAGGCCAAGACACUAAAGAAUCGCAUUGAUAAAAGCUUAGAGAAUGUUGAUUACAAACACAGAUGUUUCAAACAGAAGUUAGAAACAUAUAGAUAUAUUGCCAUCCUACAAAGGUAUGAACAGAUCUAUCAACAGUCAGCAGUCAGUCCGCUGAAGUUCAUUUCAUGUACAAAGAAAGAUCGCCUCCCAAAGAUACUUCUUACACUCCACACCACCAAGCUUUUAAUGCUUGGGUCACUCAACAAGAAAGGUGUGACUGAGUUAUUGAAUGCAAUCCAAAUGAAAGAGAGGGGAAAACGACACAUAAGAAAUGAUCAGUUGCUUACCCCGAUGUCUGCUCUCACAGUGACAAGUGUUGAUAGUUGUGAUCACAUAUCCUGUGUUACAUCAGACUUGGUUUGGGUCAAACGUUGGACAAAGCUUAUCUUAACAAACACAGCAGGUGAAAAUCUACAUUGUAGGGAUGAUACAUGCAUUAAAUUACAAUGUGGAGCACAUACAGUGAACAGUGAGAGGGAAAUAAUUUACAUAGAUAAUGACUAUAACGUUAAAAAACUGUCAAAAAAUAUGAAAACAAUUACCACAUUUAUAAAAUCAACCCCCUCAGGGUUUGGUCCUCGGUGUCUGUACUGCUCCCCGGUCAGUGGCGAUCUGCUUGUCGGCGUGUCACUUAAGGAUACUGAUGACGAAUUGAUGGAACUUUUUGGGAUGUGUGCUAUAUGUAUACCAGCAAUAUACGUAGUUGAAAGGUACAACCAGACCGGACAACUAAUUCAAACAAUUGAACGCGACAACACAGAUGACCCAUACCUGAUUUUUAACUACAAGUAUCCUAAUUAUAUAACAGAAAAUAACAAUGGGGAUAUUGUGGUUUCUUACACUACCGAUAGUCCUGAAUACGGUUCUGUAUUGGUGAGAGAUCGUGGAGGAAAAUAUCGUUUUAAUUACAAAGGCCCUCCAUCAGGAUCUGAACAAUUAGAUCCGCGUGGAGUCUGUAUUGACGCGCUGUCACACAUUCUGGUCUGUGAUGGUAUAACUAAUACAGUACAGAUGUUAGACUGUGACGGUCAGUUCCUGUCACAUCUUCUGAUUAGACCAUCAGGGAUAUUCUCACCACGCAGCCUGAGUUAUGAUGUCAACACCCACCGUCUAUGGGUUGGAUCCGAGAGAAACAACAAAGUGUGUGUUUUUAGAUAUAUAACCCGAAAACACACUCUGGCGGACCAAGAUAAACGCCAUGAUGUGAUGGAGUCACUACGUGAAAUACCAGCCAUUAAGACACAAGGGAAUAGGUGUCUGCUGAAACUGGUGCAUCCCUUUAAGUUACUUGAAAAAAUAAUUAUGCCUGAUGAUCUUAAUUGUACCCACAUUUCCCUAUUGACUGCAAGCCGGGCCUGGGUCAGUGACUCGUUAGGCAAUCUUUACUUAACAAGCAAAACAAGUAAAAUUCUACAUCGCAUAGUCAAUUUGCUUUAUGGAAGCUCAGGAUCACAUACGGUUAACGGCAAGUGUGAACUUAUUUAUAUAGACACGGACUAUAACAUCAAUAAACUAAGAAAAGAUUUGAGAGCAUGCUCUGUAUUCAUUAGGAAAAUAAAAGACUCUAUAUGGAAACCACGGUGUGUGUUCUGCUCCCUGUCCACUGGGGAUCUACUUGUGGGGAUGUAUUCUAACGAUCUAGACAUAGGCAAGGUAACCCGGUACAACCAAAGCGGACAACUGACGCAAACCAUACAAGACGACGGCACAGGACUGGAACUAUAUUACAAACCAAGCUUUAUAGCAGAGAACAACAAUGGGAAUGUCGUGGUGUCAGACUCUGAAUGGUCAGGCUAUUACUCUGCGUCUGGUGCUGUAGUUGUGACAGAUCGUUGUGGAAAGUAUCGUUUCUCGUAUACAGGACAUCCACCAGGAUCAGGAAUACGACCAAGAGGAAUCUGUACCGACGCGCUAUCAAACAUUGUGGUGUGUGAUGAUAGAACCCAAGAACUACAUAUUUUAAACAGUGACGGUCAGUUUCUGUCUCUUCAUCUGCCACCAUCAUCAUAUUUUCAACAACGCAGCGUUAGUUACGAUGCCGAUACCUACUGUCUUUGGGUUUGCUUUGACGGCGAGCUUCAUGUCUAUAAGUAUAUAUCGCUGCGGGACUCACAAACAGGUGGUGAAGGUUUGGAGGAAAAGUUUGUGAGCAAACAACAUGGAAAAAGUGAUAUGGCAGCAAGUUUUUAAUCUUUAUUUAAUGAAAACAGUUUGUUGAUGGUGACAACAAAUAGUUUUACUUAUAAAUUUCAUUCCAAUUUAAGAAUAUUACCAAUAUAAUGACCGUAAAGAUGAUAUUAUUACUUAUUAGGUUAGUUACUGACUCACUACGGAAAUAUAUUGGGUUGAUCAAUCUCAUAGAUGGCGAGGCGA